UUAAGAUGAGAUGAUCAUAUAAACUGUAAGGAGGAGCCGUUGCAAAGAAUGUUUUGUAAGGCAUUGAGCCAAGCCAAGGCAAAGUUGUCGUGUCCACUGUCCAGUGUCCACGGUCCACCUGAAGGCACAACCACGCAAGGGUGGUAGUCAUGGCAUCAUCUAGCACAGGUGAGGGCAGCAGCUCCAGCAGCAUGUCUCAGUCACAGAUAGCUCAACGCACAUGGGAGAUGGCAAACAACAUGGAAUCUGUUAAUUCUGCUGAUGAAAUAUACCAGUAUGAUGGUAAACAGCAGCAAGAUAUUCUCCAAGCUAAGCCAUGGGAGAAAGACCCACACUUCUUCAAACAGAUCAAGAUCUCAGCCCUGGCACUGCUAAAGAUGGUGAUGCAUGCCCGGUCUGGAGGCACUCUUGAGGUGAUGGGUCUGAUGCUUGGAAAAGUGGAUGGACCAACUAUGAUUGUCAUGGAUUCAUUUGCACUGCCAGUUGAAGGAACAGAGACACGGGUCAAUGCUCAGGCCCAAGCCUAUGAAUAUAUGACUGCCUAUGUGGAGGCUGCUAAGCAGGUUGGACGCCAAGAAAAUGUGAUUGGUUGGUAUCAUAGCCAUCCUGGUUAUGGGUGUUGGCUGUCUGGCAUUGAUGUGUCUACUCAGAUGCUGAACCAAAACUACCAAGAACCUUUUGUAGCCAUUGUCAUUGAUCCUAUUCGCACCAUUAGUUCAGGGAAGGUCAACAUUGGAGCCUUCAGGACAUACCCCAAGGGUUACAAACCACCUGAUGAAGGCCCUUCAGAAUACCAAACAAUUCCUCUCAACAAGAUUGAAGACUUUGGUGUCCACUGUAAGCAGUAUUACUCCUUAGAUAUCUCAUACUUCAAAUCCUCUCUAGACAAAAAACUUUUGGAUUCCCUUUGGAACAAGUAUUGGGUAAAUACUCUGAGCUCCUCAUCACUCAUAACGAAUGCAGAAUAUAUGACAAGGCAGAUAUUUGACCUUAGCGACAAACUGGAGAAUUCAGAGACCGCCCUUGGCCGAGCCGGUCUUUUUGGUUUGGACCCACAAGAAAAGAAGACUGAAGACAAGUUGAGUCGUGUUACCAGAGAUUCUUGUAAGACCACCAUGGAGGCUCUGCAUGGACUUAUGGCACAGGUGGUCAAAGAUCGCCUUUUCAAUCAAAUUCCUCAAGCGCAGGCACAGGAUCCACCUCAGGCUUCGCAAGCACAAGCCUGAAGUGUUAAGCUGCCUUUCUUUAGACUGAACCAUCUAAUACAAAUAAAGCAACACAUUUGUCCACUAGUACACUCACCUUACUGCAAUCCCUAUUUUUCUUAAUGCAUUACCUUGUUAUUUAUUUCAACAAGGAUGUGAGUACCUUAAACACAAGGUGCAUUCUCACCUACCUUCUAUUCUCCACAUCUAGCCUUUGAUUAGCCACUAUUCACAUUUUCUCUCAUUUCCAUAAUUACCACAUUAUGAUCCGGACUAUAAACAUUCCUUUUAUAAUCUGUAUAUCCUCAAUCACAAUUUUCUGUUUCAUUAUGUACCUGUAAUCAUUUUAUUAGAAAGUAGUGUUUGCCUGAAACCCUCCUAGAUAGACAAAUUUACCAUUUACUCUUUCUCAUUCAUUCUGUCUACUUACCAAUUUUCUAGUCACAUUUGCUUCUUCACCCUCUUUCCAUACAUUUAGCUCUUGUUGUAUCUUAGAGAAGGUAGGGAUGGGCUAGCACACUGUUCUAUUGCAGGGUAUUCCUAUUGCCAACCCUUUUCUGUGCAAUCCUGGCUUUUCAUCCAAUAGCAUCUUCUACCUGGUUAAACCUCAUUUGCUAUACAGUGCUGUCAGUGCUAUAAUUAAAAAAAAACAUGCAAAUUUUAUAUUGAUGACUUUUUGGUUGCACAGGUGCUCAUCACUUAUUUAUUUGUAUUAGAUGAAAAGACUCUUGUAAUUGAAAAAAGAAAGCAACUCAAAACUUUAUUUAUAAUAUAACCUUUAGAACAGACAGGAUAUAUUACCACUACACUGAAAUCCAAAUGUUCCAGUAGAUUGAUCAAAGAUGGCGAGUCUUAGGCAGUGUCUACACUAUCAAGCAGUGCCCGUCAGACAAAACAGUUACCAUGUCCUGUUUGAUACACACAUUGCCAAUUUAAGUGGCAGGCACAAUGAUGUCUGAAGCAAGGAAACGACAGGCAGCACUCUGAUUUAUCUUUUUUUCACACAAACUGCAAAAAUUAUGCAAUACAGGGCUAUUUUUCUUCUCUGUUGUGCUAUGCAUGGUAAGACUACUCACUCUGCCAUCUUAUUACUGCCUACUGAAUGACCACAGAACCAUCUCUCUAGUGGGAUGGAGUAGUAAAUGAGACUGCAGGCAGACGUUACAUGGUGAUGGUAGAACCAGAUAUGCUCUGUCCAUGAGUGUAGGGUUUACAUUGAUCUGGUAGCACUUUUUUGCCACAUCAGUGCCCCUGAUUUUCACAUUUUUAACGUCACCAACUAUGUACAGUGAUGUGGUUACACUGUUUGCUUGUUGGACUCUGCUCAACAGUGUGGACAAUGCUUUAAAGUCUUCAGUAUGCAGUAGUGUGUAUAUUUUAUAUUCAUGGAUCUGGCUAUUACAGAUAUCUGACUAUGAAACCUGUUAUGACAAAGAACAUCUAGUGUCAUGAGAUAUUUCUUUACAUUUGAAGAACAAUUGCCAUAAGUCUAUAUAUUUACUAUUGGACCAAAACAGAGAGCAACGUGUGUCUACAAGGUGUUCCUAUAUUUUUAACUUCUUCACAAUGCAGGAAUUAUUGAAGCAGUUGUGCAGUAGGAACAUCUUGUUUGAAGCUUUCAGUUUAUCAUAUUUAUCAUAACAGAUCAGCUUACAGCCUACUGGUCAUGUAUGAAAAUAUCAAUUAUUAACUUGUCAAUAAAAGGUGCAAAUACACAGUAAGUUUUAUAAUAUGGUUAAUACUCGUAAUUAAUAUAGUACCAUUGUUCAUUUUUGUCAAGAAAACAUUAAUAAUAAAUAGUAAUGUGUUCCAUACCCUUGCAGAUAUAGCUUGUUGAAGUACUAAUGUUCUCCAAUUGGCAGGUCAUUCUUUCCUGUAUAAUAAACAAAUAUUAAAUAGUGCACGCAUUGCUAGUGUAUGCUAGUGUACAGUCACAGUUUUAAGUUGCAUCUUACUUUGUCGCCAUGAAGACCUGUAACAAGCUCAUGUUUGAAGCUUUGAACAACUGUGCAUCAAUAAGAGAGGAUUGCCAGCACCUCACACCAUUCUUCAAAUCCUAGCUGAUUACAACCCAUCAUGGCAACGAGCCAGGGUACACAACUAAUGAUUGCAACCAUACAUUGAUGUGAGGACAAUAUGCAAUAGCAACAAACAUCCAGAGGUCUGGUGACAGAUUGCAUGCUACACAUGAGAUAUUAAAAAUUCACUCAUUCUUACUGUUUGCUGAUCUGUUUUUGGGUUAUGCCUGUGGGCAUGGCCAAAGCUGCUGCUCCUCUGUGUUCUGCUUAGCUUCUGUCUACUAGAAUUAUUUCUCUGAUGACCAUUUUCACAUGCCUUCAGUUUAUAUUAAUAGUUUGAGUGCUAUGCCUCAGUGAAAUAAUAAAGAAAAUUUAAUCAUAAUACUACUAGUAAAUAGAAAUUAAAAAUACUUAAAAUCUAACAGUACUUUUGAUGUACUUAGUAAUAAAAUAGUAACUUUUCUUUGUAAAUGGAAUUCAGUCCACUUUAAACAUUACUGGUAAUGAUUAUUAAUGACACUAGUAUUAACUGAAUUCAGCAUUAGGAAACUGCAAAAAAUACAUAUAUAUGCAUAUUUACUUAUACAAAAAUACAUUGUGGUAGAAGAAAACUAUGGUAGUUACAAAUGUGAGGGAGACCAGGAAGGUGCAGCCUUGGCUUUGCCCUCAGGUGUGAUGUCAACCUUGAAACUAAUCACUGAACAGCAGGGGCAAUGGCAACAAGUAAGCUGUCAAAAUUUAUAGUAAUUGCUUGUAAGUGACCAUCAAAUCAUGUUUGCUGCAAUUGUAUUUCUGAUACUAUAAUGUGUAUUAUUUUCUUUUUCAUAAAAGAAAAUUUACCAAAAAGAUAAUUUUUACACAGGCAGAGAUCAUUAGCACACAUAUCACAUAUGUAUUAUAUUUCUCAAACAAGAAUAAAGUGUAAUCUGUAUAUGUGCACUGUAUAUGUGCAGUUGAUGUACAAACAGAUUGAAUUCUAGUAUCAUAUCUUGGCACUGGAGGCAAAAUUGUGGUUGUAGGACAGUGACCAUAAACUCACUUGAAAUUUCCCCUUGGAAAUGUUACACAGUUUGCAAGCUCUACACAUCUUCAUGAUUGCUGGAGGAAAUGAAGCACCAACAGCAACUGCAUUGUAUGUACUGUGUGUGUUAUGAUGGACUGGUGGCUUGCCAUCUUGCCUUUACUUGUGUUUAUGAUGCCUAAUUUCUUGUAUUUUGUGAACAAUGGAUUAACUAACAUUUUUCCUUACAAGACAACUUGUUAAGAUGACCUUGUAUAGGAAGGGGAAAACCAUGUGAAUCACCUGCAAGAAAAAAGGCUCUGGCAAUUACAGAGAGAGAACUGUUAGAUGGCUGAAAUUAGAACAUUUAACUAACCUCUGAUUUAAGCCAUCAGCCGGUCACAUUUUUCCCUUUCCACUCGAGUCUUUUUCUUGCAAAUGAUCACUUAUUAUUACAAAAAUAAGUGCAUCUUAGAAUUUUUUUUUUACAUAUUCUUAGAAUAUCUUUUCUAUUUCUAGUUUUGCUCUUUAAAUACAAGAUCAAUAAGAGUCUUGUUAGCAAGAAAAAAAUAUUUUAUCCAUUGUUUUAAAGAUACAAGAAAUGUGGGAUCAUGAACACAAAUUAAGCACACAUACAGUAGAUACCAUGUCUCUUUAUGACAGCCAACUGGCUAUUACUAGUGGCUUUCUAAUUCUUGAAGCAAUCACAAUUCUAUGCAUUGUUUGUAUACUGCUGUUAGACACGACUGAAAAUAACAGCCAAUAUUUAACUUAAAACAUUUCUUUCCAGUUCACUUGUGGCCAUUGUAGCACUGGACAUUAAUAUCAAGAAAUAUGGACCAAAUCUGCUCUGGUUCUUUCAGUAUUCUGGAUACAUUCUAAAUCACUUCCAUAGUUCUAUCAGUGUUCUGGAUACAUCCUAAAUAAUUUCCAAGUUAAAAAUUAAGAUUGUAACAAAUUACCUGUUACAUUUAAGUUGAUCCAGCUUCCAAACAAGCAAUGUUUAAAAAAAAUAAAUAAAUAAAAAAUAAAUAAAUAACUGAACUGGCAACCUUUCCUACUUCAGUCCAACAGGUGAAGUAGGCUAUUAUUAACUAUGAAGACAACUAAUCCUAAUGUAAUGUUUGUCACAAGUGGAGGGAUGUAUGUAACUAUACAGUGUAUGAUAAACAAAGCAGAAAACAUACUUGUAAGUAGUGUUGUCACAUAUGCUACUAAAUUCAAGAAAUGAAAACUCAAAUACUUUUCCUUCAGUCUAAUCUGUAUGGACAACCAAUUUCUAAUUCAAUCCAGUCAUUCUAUUAUAUCUUUCCUAAUGACACCAAGAAACCCACAUGUUUGUCCCACCAACCUUCUCACUAUUCCCCCUCCUUUAUAUUGUCAGCAUACAUAAUGCUCCAGUCAACAUUUGUGAGAAGUGAAGAAUUUUACCUGAUGCCAAAUAUAUAAUCCAGGUAGGCUGAUAUAAUUCUGAAGAAUGUAAAUCCAUUUGUCUAAUCUAGAGACCCAGCACUGUUUUACACAAACAGUUAGGAUAAAAGUAUUACACCUUAGUUGUUGCAGUGUUUUGGAGUGUAUAAAAGAAAAUUCAAAUAAAGCCUUUUGAAGAUCA